AGAGGAAGUGUCUUGGGUCCUGGGGAAGACUAGUUUGUCUUGGUAGGUGGGGUCAUUGUCAGCUUUCCGGACACACAGAGACAGACAGGAUGGAUUUUCUCCGGCUAUACCUUCCUGGGCUACAUCAGGCCUUGAGGGGGGCACUGGAUUCCUUCAGCACCUUUGUCUCCUACCUCAUAGGAGAUGCAGUCCCUACUGUAGAGAAGGAGGCACAUGCAGCUGAGGAACCAGGGGUGGGGGCUGCAGGAAGGCCAGGGAAGAUUGUGGAGGAGGAAGCUCAGGAGGCCCUGGAAGGCCUUACAGGUGGCCAAAGUGAGGAGGAUAGAAGGCUGGGAGGCCCUGGAGAGGGCGAAAGAUGCCAAGGGGGAGGCUCAGCUACAGAACAGACCUGGGGCUGGGGAGACGGUAGCUUCCAUGGGUCCCGAACAAAUAGGCAAGACGCUGGGGCCUGGGAGUCAGCCAAAGUUUCCAGGUGUCAGGAGCCAACUGCCCCCUUGAAGUCCAGAAAGAAGUCUGAAGCAGGAUCUGGGACUCGACAAGACAGAAACAGCCAAACCCAGGAGAGACAGGAGUCCGAUGAGCAGGAAGUGAACAGAGGGGAAUCGCUGAGAACCUGGGAACAGGAGAAGGAGGAGGAGGGGGAGGAGGAAGAGGUCAGGACAAGAGAGCCAGGGAUGGCCAGAAGGGCGGAGUCAAAGUGGACCUGGAAUGGGGAGCCUGAGGGGAAGGCUGCUGAUGACGCACAAAAGGUGGCGGGGGACAGCAGGGAGACAGAGCAGGUAGUCAAGGAGGCAACUGAAGAGGAAACUGAGAGGUGUGGGGCUGGAGAGUUUGGAAGGGAAGGAGAGGUGGAAGCAGACGUGAGGGCUGGCCAAAGAACAAGGGCACAAGAGAUACAGAGUCCAGGGGAAGAGUCUGAGGAGGUGUGGAUGACCUCCUGCAGGGAGGAGGUUGACCUGCCAGGAGUCAGAGAGAUACACUAUGGGCCAGUCCCAGGAGAAAGGAUCCCAGAGGCUACUGGGAGAGUCUGGGUCCUAGAGGAGGCCUCUAAGGGUAACCAGGAGGAGGCGGGUGAGAAGAGAGAGGCUGACAUGAACCUUUUUCUCAAAUAUACCCAGGCCCUGGGCCCUGAGGCAGUGGAAAAGGCAACUGAGGGCCAGACUGCAGGGAGGGAGGCCGCAGGGGGCCAGGUGUUGGAGAAGGAGGCAAGGGAUGGCUUGGAGGGCUCGAUGGGUCAGUAUGGGAAAGGAACUGAAGGGAGGCCAGACUUGGAGGUUAGGGCUGAACGGGCCAGUCUGGAGGAAGUGGGGCACACAGAGGAGACCCUGGAGGAGAAAGGGAGAUGCUGGGUCACAGAGGCUGAACUCUCCCCAGACAAAGAGGCUGAAGAUGAUGUUGAUUUGGAGAGAACCAUAGAGGCCAGCUGUGAGGAGGAGUUGAUGGGGCAGAGGAAUGAGAUGACCCAGAUGAGUCCAGAAGCAUCCAGGUUUGAGUGGGGUGACCUCAAACAUAAGGUCACUGAAGGUCAGGAACCUGAGCAGAUGGGAGGCAUUGAGACCCCAACAAAGCAACCUGAGGAAGGACAGAGUAAUAAGAAGGAGCUCUGGAGAGUUCCAGCCUUGAGCAAAGAGGAGACAGAAAGGAGCAUGGAGGACUAUUCCAGGCGCCUGGGGUGUGCAGAGCCUGAGGUCUUGCAGGGUUUCCCAGAAGCCUUGGAAAACCAGAGCAGGGAUAUGGAGAGAGGCCAUACCCAGGAGGAAAAAUCAGAUGGUGAAGAGGAGGAGGGAGAGGCUGAAGGGGGAGAGAGGGAGGCUGAAGAUGGGGUGGGGAAGGCUGAACAAGAGGAGGGGAAGGCUGAACAAGAGGAGAGGGAGGCUGAAGAUGGGGUGGAGGAGGCUCAAGAGGAGGAGGAGGAGGAGGCUAAACAGGAGGUGGGGGAGGCUGAAGAGGGGAAGGGAGGGGCCCAAGUUAGGACAGAAGAGGCUGCAGGAGUCCAGGCACUGGAGGCAACCCCUGAGGCUCAAGGAGGCAGAGUGUCUGAACUACAAGAGGUCCUGGAGGCAGGUGGGGACAGGAAGAAAGCACAGGAAAGGGAGUAUGAAACAGAGGGAGAGACCUUUGUAGUAGAGAUCCAGGAGCUGAAUAGCGGCUCCAGGCCAGAAGUGGACACAGGCCUGCCAUUGGGAAAGUCAGACAUCAGAGAAACCAAGCAUGGGGAGUUAGAGGCUGCAGGGCCACAAGAGGCAGACAGACCAUCCAGAAGAGGCUGGAGCCUGGAAGGGGUGGCUAUGAGUCUCCAGGACAUGGAGGACACACAGACAAGCACCUUGGCUGCUGAGAUGGUGGAGGAUAAGGCAGAUCUGGAUGUAAGGGCUGCUAGGGAACAGACAGCUUGGGAGAGGGAGUCUGGGAAAAGCUGGGACUCAGAAGGGAGAGGGGAGGCUAUAGGGGCAGAGAAGAGGGAUGGGCAGGAUUUUGGCCUGGAGGGCUCAGCAGAGGAAGAGGUGGCUAGCAGAGAUGGCCAAGCAGAGACUUUUGAGGCCAGAGAGGGAGAACCUAGGGGAGGGCAGGCAGAGGCUGGGGAAUCUGUAGGGGCAGAAGGACACUGUAGGUUGGAUCACCUGAUCUCAGGCUCUGGGGGAGGAAGCACAGAGAUCAGAGCCACAGUGGAGUCUCAGGGGCUCCUGGGAGAGCAGAUGCUUUUGGAAAAAGAGGCUGGCGGGUGGCAAGCAGGAAAACAGAGGGAGGACAGUGAGGGGAAGCAUGGGGACCACCACCUCAAGAGGGAGGCACAAAGGCCUUCUGAUAAGGAGGAGAUACAGAUGGCUGGGGGACAGACAGCAGCUGAGAUGGAUCCAGAAGACCUGGGAAACAUUGAGGACCAGGAGGAGCCAGUAAACCAGGACCCUGCAGAAGCUGUACUGGGACCAUGUGGGGACACUGAGACCACAGAGGACAUGGGGAGUGACAGAGGGGAUUCUCACAGCAACUGGAGUGAGGCCCUGCUUCCUGGGUCCCGCCUGGAUGUCUCUGUCCCCAGGAGCCGGGUGCUCCUCUCACGCAGCUCUUCACAGCGCCGCUCCCGGCCCUCUUUCCGUCGGACCCCUGCCCCUGAGCAGCAGGAGGAGCCUUCUAGCCCCCAGGAGGGGCUAUCAACCCCUGAGCAGAGUCUGCUUCAGCUGGAGGAACCCCCUGAGCUAAGGCCUCUGAGCCCUGAAGGGACCCCGGUGCCAGUCAGAAGAAGGCCUCUGGGACAAGGGUUUGGCCUUGCACACCCCGGCAUGAUGCAGGAACUGCAAGCCCGACUGGGUCAGCCAAAGCCCCAGUGACUGGGACUCAACACUCUGAGAACCAGGCCCUGAGUAGGGGGGCAGAGGCUCAGAUGGACCUGCUCAUCCCUCACUCCCUCUGCCAACCUAGAUGCACCUCUGGGCCUCAGUUUCUUAGUAUGUCAUUCAUGGAGUGGACAAAACCAGACAUUUGUGAAGACCUUGAACUUAAGGAAUCUGAUUCUCCAAUGCAGGCUGGUGGACCACCUACCCUACUGGGACCACUUCUAGGGUCCCUGCCCUGAUUACCUCCCCAGCUUGUAUCAGCUGUCCAGAGACCGAAUAGAGAAUCAAGAGGGAUCAGAGACCAAUCUGUCUGCAGCCUUCCCUCUCUGGCCCCCCUCCACAGCCUACCUCCAACCCAAGCCUCUCAGAUCUGCGGAGGAGUAACAGACCUCUGAGUGUGAAGUCAGCCCAAGAGUAAGGU